AUGAAUCUCAAUUCUCAACUCUCCAAGUCAAAAGCUUUCAAACUUUCUUCAUCACGGGUUAGCCUUUCGUUUUUUAUCCCACCCCAAGGCCCCAACAUUUCAUCUUUGAUUUCUCUCCAUACCCAACUUCUCUUCUACGCUAAUCUCUAAUGGGUUCUUGUCAACAGGUGAAGAAGACGACUACUUUGUUUAGAUGUCUCCGGUGGCCGAUCCGUCCUGCACCCAGAACGGAAGCUACUCCUCAGCCGCCGUCAGCGUGAUCAAAUGCGUGGAGGCCGUGACCGCGACGAAGAUGGAAUCCAACGCCGAUGACGCCGACGACAUCCUGAAGCUGCUGGACACCACGAGGCCGAUCAAGGUCGAUAGGCCGAGGUCAAUCGGUGAGAGGUCGUUUAAUGAGCUGUCGGCAGCUCUUUCGCCUCGGCACUACAGAAAUUACGAGAAUUCUUCCCGGGUUGACCACCUCGACUAUGUCUAUUCUCCCGGGAGAUGGUCCGGUUUUAACUCACCAAGGUCGAUGUCGAUUCACUUCGAAUCGAAUCCGAUCGUGGCCGAGGCCUGGGAGUCGCUUCGGCGAUCUCUGGUUUACUACCGUGGCGAGCCCGUUGGGACCAUCGCUGCUCUGGACCACUCCGGCGAGCAGGUCAAUUAUGAUCAGGUGUUUGUGAGGGACUUUGUGCCGAGUGGGUUGGCGUUUCUAAUGAACGGAGAGUACGAGAUAGUGAAGAACUUUCUACUGAAGACGCUACAUUUUCAAUCGUGGGAGAAGACGGUGGAUCAUUUCAAGCUGGGAGAAGGGGUGAUGCCGGCGAGCUUCAAGGUGAUACACAAGCCGGAGAAGAACAUAGAGACGCUGAUCGCCGACUUCGGCGAGACGGCGAUAGGUAGAGUGGCGCCUGUGGAUUCCGGGUUCUGGUGGAUCAUUCUGCUUCGUGCAUACACCAAAUCUACAGGGGAUUCGUCGUUGGCCGAGAUGCCCGCUUGCCAGAGAGGAAUAAGGCUCAUCCUUAGCCUCUGUCUGUCCGAAGGAUUCGAUACUUUCCCAACUCUUCUCUGCGCCGACGGUUGCUCCAUGAUCGAUCGUAGAAUGGGCGUCUAUGGAUACCCGAUUGAGAUACAAGCGCUGUUCUUCAUGGCCCUCCGAUGCGCGCUGACUCUGCUGAAGCAAGAUUCAGAAGGGAAGGAGUUCGUGGACCGGAUCGUGAAGCGGCUCCACGCUUUGAGCUACCACAUGCGGAGCUAUUUCUGGCUGGAUUUGAAACAGCUGAACGACAUCUACCGUUUCAAAACAGAGGAAUACUCGCACACGGCGGUGAACAAGUUCAACGUGAUGCCGGACUCUCUCCCCGACUGGGUUUUCGACUUCAUGCCGUGCCGCGGCGGGUACUUCGUCGGGAACGUGAGCCCGGCGAAAAUGGACUUCCGGUGGUUCUGCCUGGGUAACUGCAUAGCGAUCCUGUCGUCGCUGGCCACGCCGGAGCAGGCGGCGGCGAUCAUGGACUUGAUCGAGGCGCGGUGGGACGAGUUGGUCGGGGAGAUGCCGUUGAAGAUCUGUUACCCCGCGAUGGAAGGGAUCGAGUGGCGGAUUGUGACCGGGUGUGACCCGAAGAAUACCCGGUGGAGCUAUCACAAUGGCGGGUCCUGGCCAGUGCUUUUGUGGAUGCUGACGGCGGCUUGCAUCAAGAGCGGGCGUCCACAGAUAGCUAGGAGGGCGCUGGAGCUGGCGGAGAGCAGGUUGGGGAAGGACCAUUGGCCGGAAUACUACGACGGCCGACAGGGACGGUACGUAGGGAAGCAAGCGAGGAAGUACCAGACGUGGUCGAUUGCGGGCUACUUGGUGGCCAAAAUGAUGUUGGAGGACCCUUCACAUCUGGGGAUGGUGUCCUUGGAGGAGGACAAGUUAAUGAAGCCACUAAUGAAGAGAUCAACCUCCUGGACUUGUUGAACCACGCCGUUCAAACAGCUCAACCCACACCAUACAAAAUUACUGUCGAGAUUUUGGCUCUACUAUCUAUAUCUAUAUCUAUAUCUAUAUCUAUAUAUCUAUAUAUUAUGACAAUUCAAAAGUAAUCUCUUAUCACAUAAGCACUUGGAGGAUCCACAAUUUACCAAGUUGGACAAGUUUUUUACAAACAAUAAAUUAGUUAUUAAUGU